AUGAGCAGCAGCAGCGAGCCACGGCAGGGUCCUGCGUCUCCUGCAUGCAGGCUGGCGGUGGCGCGUGUGGGGAUUGGCGGCGAGCGAAAGGAGCAGCCCAGGAUGAAUCGUCAUCGCUCCGAGGGACAAAAGCAGAGCGCCAAAGGGGACGGACAGGCUCCACCACCCGGCCGGCCAUGGCCCUCGCCGGACCAGGCACGAGCACGUGUGCAGCAGGCACCUUUCUGCCUGCGUGCCUGCCUAGGUGCCGCUGCUCGUCACGGCGACCGUGCUUGGCCCAGCUUGGCCCAGCUUGGCCCGGCCAGCCGUACGGAGCAAGUGCAGGUACACGGUACCCCGCCCGCCGCGCUCGCCGCGCCGCUCGCCUCGGGGGCGCCGGAAGCUUCGCACGGCCGGCGGCGGGCCCCACACGACGGCGGGCUGGCCACCAAGGCUGUCGCAUCUGGAAUGGAAUGA